AUGGCAUCAAAUGAUACCACCGGCGAUGUUUCUAUGAACGAAACAGCUCAUACCGGUCUCUCACGAAAGGAGAUAGACUUGAUCGUCGCGUUCGAACGCGCUGGCGCUGGUCUCUCUGUUUUCGGUAUCCUUUGGAUCUUCAUUGCAUUCGCAGUCUUCAAACGACUUCGCACCGUGCCGAACACGUUCAUUGUCUUCGCUUCAUUCGCCAACCUGUGUGCAAGUAUAGCCUGCUUGAUCGGGUAUGAUGGCGUCAGGGCCGGUAGUCGGAGCCACCUGUGUCAGGCACAAGCCUUCAUGUUCGAACUAUUUAUGCAAUCAGAUCCAUGGUGGUCUUUUGCCAUGGCGGUCAAUGUGUACAUGGUAUUCUUCUUCGCCGUCAAUCCUCAGAGCUUUCUUCGUUAUUGGUGGGCGUACUUCAUCGUCUGCUACGGCAUCCCAGCCAUUCCCUCCGUUUGCCUGCUCCUUAUCAAAGAGACAGGUAUAGGACCAGUCUACGGCAACGCUACCAUCUGGUGCUGGAUCGAUACAGAAUGGAGUGGUCUACGUAUCUGGACAUACUACCUUCCGAUAUGGCGGAAUCAGCUGCGCAAUCUGUCGCUUAGUGAUCCGCACAACAGAGAUCGAGCUGGGACCCGCGACUCGGCAGAGAAGCGACUUAAUAUACAUGCGGCUGCUAUGGGCAGUAUUGCACCCGAAGUUUUGCAAACGACAACGAUUCAUGUUGCCUGUCCCAGCCUGAAUCAGAACCUAACAAUGAAAUCCCCUGGGGCCAAGGUCCGUUGGUUUGCGGACCCUCCCGGAGAACCAUCAACGGGCUCAGGCCAGGAGCACAAUCUACCAUCGGCAACAUGCCAUAUUAUCACCCACAUCACUGCUGAACCAGCUCAAGAAGAGUCACUGAAACUACGCCUCAAAGAGACUUACCAGCGAUUGUGCGGCAAGUUCAAUAGCAUGGAUCCAGUCAAGCUGGCAUAUCUAAGGACCUCAUUCAUCUUUGCAGUGUCGGUACUUGUUACCUGGACACCCAGUUCGAUUAACAGAGUUCACGAUCUCGUCACUCGAAGUUCCGCUAGUUUCGGACUUAACUUGGCAAGCAGCAUUGUACUACCUCUUCAGGGACUGUGGAACUCGGUCAUCUUCUUCACGACAAGUUGGAAGACCUUAAAAGAGGAACUACAAGUCGCCGGUAAUCGUCUCAAGGGACUUCCACGAGGUCACAUCGCUGCAGCUGCUGUCCGUCAUGAGCGAGAGCGGGGCGUCGAGCUGGAUAACAGAUACCAUCGAAAAUGUAGAGAUGAUGCGUCGAGCGAAGUUACGGGCAGCACGAUGAGAGUCAUGCGCGAUGGUUCACUAACCAGUCUUUGA